GCCCCUUCCCAGCCCUAACUUUCCCUCCCGCUCUCCCUGACCCAGUGCGAGCUCUCUGGAAACCGGGCUUUGAGUGAGUGAGUCAUCCCGAGGGCAGAGUUUAUCCCGUUUGCGCUUUUUGGUUACACUUUGAUUCCCCCAGAAAAGAGAGCCGCAGGGAUUUUUUUUUUUAAGUCGAUGCCAUAUUUGAGCUAAAGCUGGCUGGCUCUAGGGAAUCCUUCCGCAACUGUCUUUAGGAGUAGGAGCUGGAAUUUGCUGCACCGACAGGUACUUUUUAUUUGUGGGAAGGAGGUGUUGUGUAUUAUGGACUUGAGUAUUCCAGGUGCUGAAAUGUAAGAAGACAGUUUUAGAGUUACAGAUGUCAACUGUGGCCUUCCUAAGCACACUGGUAUCACCAAUGCCAGCCAGCCAGACAAGACAGUAAGGACUACUACAAUCAUAGGGGAUGAAUAUUUUACAAAAGGAAAGCUGUCAGCAGUUUGGGGCAUUUUAAAGUGCCUUCAUCAGUUCCUUUGUGUUUCCAGUUUGUUCGAGUUAUCUUGAGCACCUGUGGAUAUUUUUUCAGAUCAGUGGCCUAUGCACAGCACAUGUGGCUGGUGGCUGUCAUAUUACUGGAAGGUGGAGGGAGCUAUGACACAAAUUUAAUUAAAAGGUCCUAUUACUACUGGAUUUGCAAGAUUUUUAAUACAAUUUUUCUUUGAGUUAUGAUUUAAAUGUCAAAAAUCUUUAAAUUUUUUUAAAAAGGGAACUAUUUUAGUUUUGGAAGUCAGAAUGCCAAGGAAAAGGAAAAGUCUUGGGGGAACUCCUUUGCGGAAGACUGCAAACUCUCGGGAAAUUGUCGUGUCCCGUGUUGCUGGUCAUGAGGAGCCAGCCACUACUCUUCCUUCCAUGUGUGAGACAAAAAUUGAUCAGGAGGAACUCUUCACCAGUAUCUCAGAGAUGUUUUCCGCUCUGGAUCCUGAUGUAGUGUAUUUGAUGCUUUCUGAAUGUGAUUUUAAAGUUGAAAAUGCCAUGGACUGUCUAUUAGAAUUAUCUGCCACUGAUGCCAAGAUGGAAGAGUCACCUUUACAAACUUCUGUUGCUUGUGAGGACAAGGCAGGUGCGUCAGGAAGUGCAGUAGUGGAGAUGCAUCCUCCUGAAGAUGACGGCGAGGAUUCAAAACUGGAUUCAUUUUUGGAUAUGCAGCUAACUGAAGACUUGGAUUCUUUAAUACAGAAUGCUUUUGAGAAAUUGAAUUCUUCUCCCGAUGACCAAGUAUAUUCAUUUUUGCCUUUACAGGAUGCUAAGAGUUUUAAUGACCCUUCUACCUUUAUGAAUUCAGAUUCAGGUGGUAUGACUCCUGUUCUUUCUGUACAGAAUACCAGCUCAAACAGUGAAAUUCUCCAGAAUUCUGCUGCUUCACCAGGUUCAAACCCAUUGACUCCACAUUCAGUUAGGAGUGAGCCUGAAAGUUUUACAAAGGGUAGCACACUGCCAUUAGAACGUAGCUUCCCAGAAGAUUCUCCUCUCAGUAGCUCUUUAAAUCCAACAAAUGACUCUAUUCCGGGUUGUGGCAAUUUUAGCCAAAGACAGAAAGAUCUUUUAGAACCCGAGUGUCCUAGUGCACAACAGUCUCAAGCCCUUGUAGAUUUGGGUACCAGUGAACCUCAGGUUCCUUCAAAUCUACCUUUGCAAAAUCCAGGGCGUGAUUUACCAGGUACCAAUGGAGAUCAGAAAUCUGCUUCUGUGCCUGACGUUUUUGUGCCCUCUGAAGGGUUCAGUUUCAAGCCACACAAACAUCCUGAACUGCCACCAAAGGGGAAGGAUAUGAGUUACUGCCCAGUUCUUGCCCCUCUCCCUUUACUCCUUCCUCCUCCGCCACCUCCACCAAUUUGGAACCCCAUGAUUCCUGCUUUUGACCUCUUUCAAGGAAACCAUGGCUUCGUAGCACCUGUUGUAACCACAGCUGCACACUGGAGACCUGUCAACUAUACAUUUCCACCCUCCAUGAUCUCUCAUACUUCCCCAACAAAAGUAUGGAGAAACAGUGAGGGAACAAGUGCUUACCAAGUGCAAGAGGCCCCAGUGUCCCAGCCUGUGAGGAAGAAAACCACGUCUUAUGUUGGCUUAGUUCUCGUGCUUCUCAGAGGGCUGCCAGGCUCGGGGAAGUCCUUUCUGGCAAGGACUUUGCAAGAGGAUAACCCAAGUGGAGUCAUUCUUAGUACUGAUGAUUAUUUUUAUAUAAAUGGACAGUACCAGUUUGAUGUAAAGUACUUAGGAGAAGCCCAUGAAUGGAAUCAGAAUCGAGCAAAAGAAGCAUUUGAGAAGAAGGUAUCUCCAGUAAUUAUAGAUAAUACAAAUCUCCAGGCAUGGGAAAUGAAGCCAUAUGUUGCUUUGUCUCAGAAGCAUAAAUAUAAGGUCCUUUUCCGGGAACCAGACACAUGGUGGAAGUUCAAACCAAAGGAACUUGCAAGGCGUAACAUUCAUGGAGUAAGCAAAGAGAAAAUAGCCAGAAUGCUGGAGCACUACCAGCGUUUUGUGUCCGUGCCAAUAAUCAUGAGUUCCUCAGAUCCAGAGAGAAUGGAGCGGAUUGAGUUGUGUGCAUACUCUUGUGAAGACAGAGGUUCUAGCCCAAGAGACAAUGAAGCUAUUACCUCUGAAAAGGAAGAAAAUGUCUUACCCACAUCUUCGAAGCACUUAGAGUUAAUUGAGGAGAAGACACUUGAUGUGACCAAAGAAGCAGUGUUCCCAGAGAGUGUUCCCCCCAUCCCUCGUGCAGGUUUAGACAGAGGAAGAAAGGAAAUGAGUGCUGUGGGUCAUGGUGCACACAGCCCCUUCUUGCGGGAAGCCCCGAACACAUGUUUUCCUCACUCUGAAAGCAAAAUUCAAGCCACAGACAAGAGUGAGAAAGAGCAAGAAACAAUGGUGUCUAAAGACUGUUCUGAAGCAGAUGCUUGGAGUCGAGCAGACGGAGCAUCAUCAGGUAGUUACUGUGCUGAGAAUAAUCAAGAAGCCAGUGAACUUUCGAGUGCUGGGACACUUCAAAGUGGAAACCUUCCACCUCCUGAAAUACUGGAAGAAAGAACAAUAGGAAAGAAAAAGGCCAUUGGAAAACAAAAAAGCAAAUCAUCUUUGGAAAAGUUUCCAAAACAUGAGCCAUCAAAUUUUGUAGGUGACUGGCCAGUUGAUAAGACAAUUAGCCAGAGAACCAAAAGGAACCGGAAAACUGAAAAAGGUUUAACUGUACAAAAUGACAAAAAAUGUAAUCGUCCCCAGUCGCACAAAGUAUUAGAUACUAGGGUAUCUGUGAAUACGGAUCAUAUCCAGCAGCAAGGAUCUCCACAUGGAAACGAUGAUCUUUCAGAAGUGUCUGGUAGCUGUCAAUAUGAUACUUACAAAAGUACUGAGCAAACCUCAUUCAGCAUUGUAGGUGACUGGCCCUCAUCUGCGUCUUUAGCUCAGAGAGAGCACAGAUCGAGAAUACCAAAAGCUGGCUUAAAUGAGCCCAACUUAGAAUUUGGAACUAAUGACAGCAUGGGUGAAAUACCCUUAUAUCCUACACAUGAGGCCUAUUGGGGCACAAGUCCUGAAGAACUGAAAUCGCUGGGUUCCACCCUUCGUAGAUCUGAGAUGCUGCCUCAUAAAACAACUCAUGAGAAUCAGACUUCCCUGAGUAAAACUCUUCCUAGCCAGCACACACUGCCCCUUUCCUUUUCCAGUAGUGCAGCAGCUCUUCCUGGAGUCAUGGGACCUCGGUCUCUAGCAGUGGGAGUCUCUGGGGUAGACACAAGCACAUGUGCCCAGACUGAGCCCCAAGAUUUUGCUCUUUUGUGGAAACUAGAAAAGAAUAAAAUCAGUAUUUCUGAUUCUGUCAGAGUGCUAACAGGAAAGUUAGAUGGGUUUAAGCCAAAAGAUUUUCCUGUUGAUACCAAAUUAAAUGUUCAAGAAGCAAUUCCAUACAGAGUAAUGCACGAUAAAAGUACGUAUGUGGAAGAAAGUGAGCUUACCAGUGCUGACGAGUCUGAAAAUCUUAACAUCCUUUGUAAGCUGUUUGGGUCAUUUUCCCUAGAAGCCCUCAAAGAUUUAUAUGAGAGAUGUAAUAAGGAUAUUAUUUGGGCCACAAGCCUUUUGUUGGAUUCUGAGACUAAAUUAUGUGAGGAUACUGAGGUUGAGAAACCCCCCAAAUCCUAUGAUGAGUCCCAAGUUGGGCCAUUUUCUAUGGGGUUGGAUUUGAAGGAAAUUAUUGGCCACAGAGGAACCUCGGAACAUUCUAAUUCUUCUAUGUCCAAGUUUAAUGCUGGGGUUGGUGUCAGGAACACUACUAACACACAGUCUGCUGGUGGUGCAGAAAAGGGGAGCUCAAAACAGGAAGAGAUAAGAGCUAUAAAUCCUGAAAACCCUGAAUUAAUAACCAGAAUAUUUCCCAAUGCUGCUGUCAGUGCAAAGAACAGUAAUGAAAUAGUUUCUAACAGUCGUGCUGAAUUGUCAGGUGCAUACGGCUGUAAGCGGUCUUUUCCACUUACUCCAAAAUCUAAUGUCUUUCAAGAUGUUAGUGAAAUGGACAAAAAUCUAGUAGCCACAGAAACUGGCGGCAGUAUUCAUUCUUUUUUAAAUUUAUCUGAUAUUAUAAACUCUGCAACAAACACUUCAAAUCCUGAAUUAAAUGAAGAAGUUUAUCUUACUGGCUCUUUGGAAGCAAAGAAAAAUGAAAAUCUUCCUUCGGAUUAUGUGAAAUUUGGAAACAUGCAAGAAUUUAUCAAUGAAGAUAAACAGGAAAUGGAGAAAAUUCUAAUGCCAGGAGCUAGUUUGUCAGCUGGAGUUAGUGAAGAGGAUAAAACCGAGGUAGUGAAUCCCACACCAAUGAUGGCCAGAUCUCUGACCAUAGACUGUCUGGAGUUGGCGUUACACCCUGAGCUGGCUUUCCAACUUAAUGAAUUAUUUGGCCCAGUUGGUAUUGAUUCAGGGUCUUUAACAGUUGAGGAUUGUGUGGUUCAUAUAGAUCUGAAUCUGGCUAAAGUGAUUCAUGAGAAAUGGAGAGACUCUGUAAUGGAGCGACAGAGACAGGAGGAGGUGUCUUGUGGCAAGUGUGUGCAAGAUCCUUCGCUGGCUGGACCUGCUGUUCUUGAUAAUUCUGAACAAAAAUCAUCUCAGAAAGCAGGCAAAAAAUCAUUGAAGACUUUAGCGGCACUUGAGACACUGGAUCCCUGGAACACUCAAACAAAAAAAGUUUCACUGAGAGAAAUAAUGUCAGAAGAAAUCGCCUUACAGGAGAAACAUGAUUUGAAAAGGGAGACACUUAUGUUUGAAAAAGACUGUGCCACUAAACUAAAGGAGAAGCAGCUCUUUAAAAUAUUCCCAGCCAUUAACCAAAAUUUCCUGGUGGACAUUUUCAAAGAUCACAACUAUUCCCUGGAACACACGGUACAGUUUCUAAACUGUGUUCUUGAAGGAGACCCUGUGAAAACAGUCGUAGCUCAAGAAUGUGUUCACCAAAAUGAGAAUAUCACUUCUCAUACUGCACUGAAAGCAAAAGAUAAAAAGGCAAAGAAACCAAGAGAGAAUGACGAUAUCUCAGGUGACUCGUCUUUCCAGGAUUUUGAGUACCCUGAGUAUGAUGAUUACAGGGCAGAGGCUUUCCUGCACCAGCAGAAGAGAAUGGAGUGCUACAGCAAGGCCAAGGAAGCCUACCGCAUGGGGAAGAAGAAUGUGGCCACCUUUUAUGCCCAGCAGGGCAGUCUUCAUGAGCAGAAGAUGAAAGAAGCCAACCACCUUGCUGCUGUGGAGAUCUUCGAGAAAGUCAAUGCCUCUCUGUUGCCUCAGAAUGUCCUAGACCUCCAUGGGCUGCAUGUGGAUGAAGCGAUAGAGCAUCUGACAGCAGUUUUACAGCGGAAAACAGAAGAAUUUAAGCAGAAUGGUGGUAAGCCCUAUCUUUCUGUGAUUACGGGGAGAGGAAACCACAGCCAGGGAGGAGUUGCUCGCAUCAAGCCAGCUGUCAUUAAAUACCUCACAAGCCACAGCUUCAGGUUCUCUGAAAUUAAGCCUGGGUGCUUGAAAGUCAUGCUAAAGUAAAAUUUAUAAGCCUUUGACUGAGAGGCAAGAAGGUUUAUAGGCUGAAAUUGGUUUUAUCUGCAGUAAUUCAGUCAAUUCUACUCUCAAAUGUGUUUUAUUAGAAAUAUAAAACAAGAAAAAUUUUUUCUGUAUUCAAGGAAAUUUUUUUCUGGAUCAAAUGCCAAUCUAUUACUUAUUAAAACAUUAAAAAGAAUUUUUAUUCAUUGCAAAAAUCUCUAAAAAAAAUUACCACCUGCAGUUUAAAAGUCUUAAGUUCUCUAGUUCAUUCUUAGGGAAAAACCCCAAAACAACAACAAAAUUGCUGCCUUUGUAUUAACCGUUUCACAUUUAGAAAAGUCCUGUAGACGUGUGUGAGGGGCAGUGUGCUUUGAAACCGGGUUCCUGGCUUUCGAAGGUACUGUGCUUUCGAAGCCUAUCACAGAGUAGCUUGACUUUGUAGUAGUGUGCAGAUGGGCGCACACUCGGUUGUUCUUUCCGUGACUCUGAUCUUGAUUCUUUCCCUUCUGGGCUGUUCUGAGCCGUGCAUUUUCUGGGAGGAAAGCUGGGUCUGAGACUGACUUGCAGUCUCAUAGCUUCCUCAAAUAGUAGACAUUUCAGAGAAGGAGAAAUCCUUAUGGGACUGCUUGUGGAGCUGGCUGUUAGUGGCUCCAGACAGUGCUAAAUGGCUGGUUUAUACUUGAGACAUCAUUUCUAAGCUAUUCUAAGUCAAAAAUCCUAUUGACUUAAGUGUGAAAACAUUUUUUGGUAUAAUUGUAAAGAAACCCUUGUAAUUAGGAAGAUUUUUUACUUUAUUUUGAAAAGGAGCCAACUUUCUGAAAGAAAAGUCUCAUUGACUUAUUGGGCUAGUGUCCUGUUAGUAUGUAAAUUCUCAUUUCCUUUAUACAGACUUGUAUGGUGAAGUGUAAUUUUUCUAUGAGACAGUAGUUAAAAUAAAUUUAACUUUGGAUAUACAGAGUAUUUUCAACAUAUACAGUGUUUGCAAACAAUUAUGUUGCUUUUUAUUUAGCUUACAAAAUCACCUUCAUCAAGAAUGUGGCAUUGCCCUGACAGAAUGAGCUCCCAGAGAGCAGACUUGGAAAUGUGAAUAAAACUCAAAACCACGUUCUUACAUCUUGUGAAUCAUGCUUUUAAAAGAAGAGACUUACCAUUGAAUUUUAUUUCCAUAAAAACAAAAAUCUAUGUUUAUUACCUACAAAUGGUUAGUGAUUACUGAUAUUCAAGUAUUUAUAUUUUUAGACUUGUAAUAAUUUGUUUUAAAAAUUGCAGUAGUGUAUCACACUGUUUUUGGUAAUGCUCAGAAGUUCCUUUUACAAGUUAGUACAAAAACCAUAAUCAGUAGUUAAUAAAGUAAGCUAAUUUCUGUUCUCAAGUUAAUACGAUUUAAACAAUAAGGAACAGUAUUAAACCUAGAAUAAUUGGAGUGUGUGCAGCUGCAUACUCAUUUUCUGUGUUUUAUAUUUUUUUCACCCUUUUUUAAAAAGUCACAUUUGAGUACUCCAGAUAGACUUACUAUCUUACUGUGGUUAUAAUUAAUAAGGGAGCAAUGAGAAGAAGUACAAGUGUGGCUCUCUGUGGUUGGAGGCCAAGGGAAAGCAGUUGUUCUGAUGCUGUGCCCAGCCUGAGUCUGAGAAGUCUCAUAGUAACCUAGUACAGACCUUGAAGUCAACCACAAACUCAGAAUCCUUCUGCCUUACACUCCUUAAUGUUGAGAUUAUAGGUGUGCUUUGCCGUGUUUGGCUUCAUAUUCCUCAAUUGCGGUCUAUAAAUAUACAGAGUUUGAACAUUAUAUAUAUUUGUAGUGCCCAGAUUCCUCCCCACCUCCUUUCUGGUAUGUUUAAGCAGAUACAAUUAUGAAAGAAUGUCCUCUGAUCUUUCUUUUGCCAAUCUCCAAAUCUCAUGUCCCAGCCAGAGGUAGAAAGACUUUGGGGAUUAUCAGAUUUUCUUCUGCCCACUUCUUCAUUUUGUAUAUCAGAGGUAAAGAUGGUUUAGAAGUGACCCAGGUUAGAACUCUGUAAACCUAGUAUUUUAAAGCAUUUUAAAAGUAUAGCAUUUCUUAAAAAAAAAAAAAAAGAAAGAAAGAAAAGAAAGAAAGAUUUCAGUAGCAGUUACAUACAUCUUAAUAGUCUAUCAUUGGUAUCAACCCAGUGAAGAAAGAGAAUUGAUAGGGACACCACAGUGAGAGAGCAGCGGGGCCAGGGCUCUCAUGACCGUUUUCAAUCUGUUUCCUGGUUCCUGUGAGGCCAUUUGAGCAUGUUCUCUACAUUCAUUACCUGUUCAUAUAUUGCUGUUACUUACGAGUUGAGGUUUUCUUCUGUUUAUUAGUUGUUUUUAAGUAUCAUCCAUAUUAUAGAGUGGAAACUGGAGCUGAUAUCAUUUGUAUUCUAACAUAUAUGGAAAAGAAAAGCUUCCAGUUCCUCUGGGUGGUUUCCUGUCCUUUGUUUUAGUCUUUUUCUCUUUAAAUUCAAGUGUUCUGUUCACUUUAGAAGGACAUGUGUAAUGACAAAGUUAUUUCUGAGCUGGCAAUCGGAAACUUUUGAAACUCAAGAAAUUGCUCUGACAAUGUUUUAACUGCUCUCAAGAAAAUGUAUGGAAUGGACAAAAAUAAUGUGUGCUGUUUUUUCUGAGUGCUUUUCUGUUGUGCAAUGAGGUGACGUUUGAUAAUGCUCUGUGCCGUGCUAAAUGUUGCUUAUUCUUAAUUACUUGUAAAGAAAACAGAUCUAAAUGUCUGUGUGGCCAAAACCAAGUGCCAUUUAAAAGGAAAGUAAGUCGAUGUAGAAUGUAUGUUAAUGGUGCUUAUUUUUAAGGUGUAAUUUACGUUUACAGUAUUACUUGAUGCCUCUUUACAGAAGGGAAUAGAGAAGCAAGGCCAGAACAUCUGUGUCCUAACACCUCAUGACCUCAGUUAGGUGAUGACGAAGUUCCUUCAUUGUGUCCUUCACAGUCAAGCAGUUGACUUCGUGACGAACCUGUUGUUAUUGUUGAGUUUACCCCACGUGUCUCAUUAAUGUGCCACAUUGCAGCUAGCAGUUGAAGAAUAGACUAUAAGCUGCUCAGACAGUAUUAGAAGCAACUGUUUUUAUUUGUACUAUAAAAAUGUGAUUUUUGCUGUCAAGUCUAUACUUUUUUAUUGAAAAUGUUUAUAACUUUGCUUUUAAAAUUUCUUAUGAAACCAUUUGCAAAUUACACAGUUAAUUUAAUAAAAUGCUUUAGUCACA